AUGUUCAUCAACUAUCGGUACGACAGAAAGGACGAUCAAACCCUCCUCGUGCGCCUCGACACUCCGUACUUCGCCCGAGGAGAAGCCAACCAACGAGAUCUCGAAUUUCUUAUCAUAGCCUCGAUCAACGCGGGUGUUGAAGCCAUCUGGUCCCCAUGCCGCCGCAACGACAAAUCCACAUGGGUCAAAGCCACCUGGUUCGAGAAGGCGGGCGGAUCCCGCACAGCAGAGUCACUUGACUUCAAAACGGAGAUUGCCCCCUUCAUAGAGAAGGAGCUCAAAGCCUACAAAGCCCCCCCGUGGAGCCGGCGAUUCGGACGAAUCCCGGGUGCGACCACUCACGCUAUCUCUCUCCCCUUCCCCUCCACCGCCAACACUACUACUGUCAUCUCUGGGGGCGAUUUCACCACACACCCCGAUUUCCUCAUCGAAUCAAGCCACCAUGACCAAUUCACCUUCCCCGGGUACUGCGGCGCUCUCUCAAUCGACCUCGAGGUCACUAGACACUCCAUGGCGUCCGCCAUGGUGAUUCUCCAGCAGCUCGCUGCACACUUUUCCGCAGCCCACCCAACGCUUGCGGGAUGGUUCGACACGGAGGACCACGUCCCCUACAUACACCCCACCCUCGACACCCUCAUCGUCCCCCCGCCAAACCCCCACCUAGCCUACCAUGCCACACAACAGCUGUUCGCCGGGGGCACUGCCCCCCAGCUGGUGUAG